ACGUUUCUUGUCCCAUACUCUCUCUCUCUCCCUCGGUUCCGUCAUUGUCAAACGCCGGCCGCCAAUUUCUACUUUUAAUCCAUCCAUCUUUUCUGCGACAUAAAUCAAAAGAAUUCCUGAGAGUUUCUCAUCUUCAAAUCUGCACCUGUUUAAAAGGAAUCGAGACUCUGAAAGCUACACAGGAAUUGCAGGUAGAGUUUAUCCUUGUCUUGAACGGCUGAAGUCUUUUGUCUCAGCCCUCUCACCUUGAAAGCUCCAAUUCUUCAUAACAUUUAGACUCUCAGAGGCUACAGAUCGAAAUCACAGUGAGAUACUUAAAUGGAUGUGCAGGAGAAAACAGCUCGGUCUCUAGUAAAAAGCCUGAGCUCCGUUUCGGAGCAAAGCCGAAUUGAAGCUCUCUGUGAGCUUCGCUUAAUGUCCAAAUACGACCCAGAAAGUCGUUCCUUCAUAGCCGAUGCCGGAGCAGUUCCUCAUCUCAUCGAAACCCUUUAUUCCUCAUCUCCACUCGCACAAGAAAACGCCGUCGCAACAAUCCUUAACAUCUCAAUCGCCAAUCGAGAAUUCCUCAUGAUGACGCCCGACCUCCUCGACGCUCUCUCCCACCUCCUGCGUCACCCCUCCGCUACUCCCAUCAGCGUCCAAACUGCCUCUGCAACCCUCUACAGCCUCCUCAUCGACGAAGACAACCGCCCCAUCAUCGGAUCUAAACUCGACAUCGUUGAAUCCCUUAUCAACAUCACACGUGACACCGCUUCUCCUAUGAGGUCCAUCAAGGAGGCUCUCAAAGCCCUCUUCGCCAUCUCACUCUACCCUUUAAACCGUUCAGCCAUGGUCGAAUUGGGUGUGGUUGCCGCGCUUUUCUCGUUCAUAGUGAAGGAUGGGCAAGUUGGGCUUGUGGAGGACGCGACGGCGGUAAUUGCGCAGGUCGCUGGGUGCUGCGAGAGUGGGGAUGCAUUCAGGAAGGUGUCUGGUUUGACUGUUUUGGUGGAUUUGAUUGACCCAUCAACGAGGUCGAGCGUUAGGGCGAGGGAGAAUGCGGUUUCGGCGUUGUUGAAUUUGGUGCAGUGUGGAGGAGAGAAGAGUGUUUUGGAAGUUAAAGAGAUGUGUUUGGGGGUUUUGGAUGGGAUUAGGGAUGUUGCUGAGAGUGGAAGCGCCAAGGGUAAGAGUAAGGGCACUGCGCUUUUGAAGGUACUUGGAGGAGGAGAUUUGGAUAAAGCUUUGAAGGAUCCGCGGUUUGAUUACAACUUGGAUCAUGAGCCUUAAUUGAGGUUCCUUCCACAUAGGCUUUGUAUUGAGUGGAGGAGGAAGUUUAGCACCAUAAGCAGAUUGCUGUGACAAGUAGGUUUCCAUCACUUUCUUUUCCUCCCAUUACUGUGAUCAUUUUGCUUUUGUCAUUCAAGACAUGUUCUUGGGGAAGUUCUCUAAUCUUAAAUGUUGAUUGGAUUCACGCUAUUUGAGUACUUGACUCAUCUACAACUUCUGUUAUUUUAUAUCAGCAAUUAUGUGAACAGGAAUCUGUCCACCGUGGGAGAUCCAGGCCACUUGAUUGGGGGGUGGGUGGGGAGAAGGCUUCCGACCCUUUGAUCCGCAUGGUGAAUUCACCGCUUGGCGGAGGAAAACUUUGUCCUACGUUUUUCUUCUCUAUUACUUUUCUUGCUUCCGUCUGUGGUUUGGUUCAGUUGGGUUGGACCCCCCAAAAGGAUUAUGUCAAAAGUGGCUGACUCAUCAAACGAAAAAUUUAAGCCAGAAAUUGUAUUAUACUGAAUCAGGGCUGGAGCACAUUCGAAAACUAGUUAUCAAGAAGGCGGAGUGAAUUCCAUCUCUAUGGAUCAGUCCCGUACGAGAAUGAUUCUUCUGAUCCACACUCAGUUAUCAAGACCUUUAACUAUCGAUACCCAUCCAUGUUGCAACUUAUUUAAUGACAGGAAACCCUACUGAAGGAAGCGGCAGGGCCCUUUUGUUUGGGGCAGAUUCUGCAAUAGGUCGUGUGGACAUGUAAACUCUCUUUUGAUCUAGAAAUUUUUUUUGUGGCCAUCAAGUAUGGCACACAUCUUUUUGAAAAUGUAUAGAACCUUGACUAAUGUAACAUGUAGGCUAGCACCUAACUCA